GGGGGACUGUCUUCAUUCAUAUUCCGCGUAAUUAGGCCCAGAGAGGAGGAGGCUGGAGUGUGCAGAGGACAGAGAGGCCCUUGAGAGCUGCUCCCUACGAAACGUGCCUCGUGGUGAAAGGUGUGAGAGUCCCAGAACUGGCCUAGUUUACUCCUCCCUCUCAGGCAGCGCCAUGGCCUCAGAGGCACCAUCCGGAUUGUCUCUUCUCUGGGAUAGAGUGGAAAGAGCAGCCAGGCAGCCCCAUCUGGAUAUGUUGACUUUCCAGGCUCUCUUGACCUUUGAGGAGGUGGCCGUGUAUUUCACGGAGGAGGAAUGGGCCCUGCUGGAUCCCGGCCAAAGAGCUCUGCACAGGGAAGUCAUGCAGGAGAAUUACGAGAUGGUGGCCUCUCUCGAUGUUGGGGAGAAGAAUGAGAGUGACGGGGAACCACAGAUGGUGUCAUCAGCAAUAGCCGAGUGGGAAGCACAGAAAGAGUUCUUUGGAAAUCAUGAGGAACCAAAACAGCAUCAAAAACACCUCAAAGAGGAGGAACAAUUUCAGUGCAUGCAGUGUAGAAAGAGCUUCUGUUCGAGGAGUAGAUUAACAGCACAUCAAAGAACACACACAGGGGAGAAACCAUUUCCAUGCAUGGAGUGUGGAAAGAGUUUCAGUAUGAGGAGUAAUCUAACCAUUCAUCAAAGAAUACACACAGGGGAGAAACCAUUUAAGUGCACACAAUGUGGGAAGAGCUUCAGUCAGAGCAGUUACGUUACUUUACAUCAAAGAAUGCACACAGGGGAGAAACCAUAUAAAUGCAGGGAGUGUGGAAAGAGCUUCUGUUCAAGGAGUAAAUUAACUGCACAUCUAAGAACCCACACAGGGGAGAAACCAUUUCCAUGCAUGGAGUGUGGAAAGAGUUUCAGUAUGAGGAGUAAUCUAACCAUUCAUCAAAGAAUACACACAGGGGAGAAACCAUUUAAAUGCACACAAUGUGGGAAGAGCUUCAGUCAGAGCAGUUAUGUUACUUCACAUCAAAGAAUGCACACAGGGGAGAAACCAUAUAAAUGCAGAGAGUGUGGAAAGAGCUUUAGUCAGACCAGUAACCUUUCGGUACAUCACAGAACUCACACAGGGGAGAAACCGUGUAAAUGCAUGAUAUGUGGAAAGGGCUUUGGUAGUAACAGUGACCUGACUGUACAUCACAGAAUACACACUGGGGAGAAGCCUUUUAAAUGCAUGGAGUGUGGAAAGAGCUUCAGUCAGAAAAUUCACCUUUCGUUACAUGAAAGAAUCCAUACACAGGAGAAACCAUUUAAAUGCGUGGAGUGUGGAAAGAGCUUCAAUGUGAGCAGUAAUCGUAAUUCACAUUACAGAAUACGCACAGGGAAGAAACCAUAUAAAUGCAAGGAGUGUACUAAAUGGCCCCAACUGUGGGUAACCAUUCAUCAAAGAAUACACACAGGGGAGAAACCAUUUAAGUGCACACAAUGUGGAAAGAGCUUCACUGUGAGCAGUCACCUUAUGAAACAUCAAAGAAUGCACACUGGGGAGAAACCAUAUAAAUGCAGGGAGUGUGGAAAGAACUUUAGUCAGACCAGUAGUCUUUCUGAACAUUACAGAACCCACACAGGGGAGAAAUCGUGUAAAUGCGUGAUAUGUGGAAAGGGCUUUGGUAGUAACAGUGACCUGACGGUACAUCACAGAAUACACACUGGAGAGAAGCCUUUUAAAUGCAUGGAGUGUGGAAAGAGCUUCAGUACGAGGAGUAAUCUAACCAUUCAUCAAAGAAUACACACAGUGGAGAAACCAUAUAAAUGCAGGGAGUGUGGAAAGAGUUUCAGUCAUAGCAGUAAUCUUACUUUACAUCAGAGAACACAUACAGGGGAGAAACCAUAUGAAUGCAUAGAGUGUGGAAAGAGUUGCAGUCAGAGCGGUAAGCUUACUUUACAUCAGAGAACACAUACAGGGGAGAAACCAUAUGAAUGCAGGGAGUGUGGAAAGAGUUUCAGUCAGAGAAGUAAGCUUACUUUACAUCAGAGAACACAUACAGGGGAGAAACCAUAUAAAUGCAUGAUGUGUGGAAAGGGCUUUGUUAGUAACCAUGACCUGACUGCACAUCACAGAAUACACACUGGGGAGAAGCCUUUUAAAUGCAUAGAGUGUGGGAAGAGUACUUUACAUCAGAGAACACAUACAGGGGAGAAACCAUAUGAAUGCAGGGAGUGUGGAAAGAGUUUCAGUCAGAGCAGUCACUUUACAUUACAUCAAAGAACACACACAGGGGAGAAACCAUUUCAAUGCAUGGAGUGUGGAAAGAGUUUCAGUAUGAGGAGUAACCUAACCAUUCAUCAAAGAAUACACACAGGGGAGAAACCAUUUAAGUGCACACAAUGUGGGAAGAGCUUCACUCAGAGUAGUUAUGUUACUUUACAUCAAAGAAUGCACACAGGGGAGAAACCAUAUAAAUGUAGGGAGUGUGGAAAGAGCUUUAGUCAGACCAGUAGUCUUUCUGAACAUUACAGAACCCACACAGGGGAGAAACCAUGUAAAUGCGUGAUAUGUGGAAAGGGCUUUAGUAACAAUAGUAAACUGACAUUACAUCACAGGACACACACUGGGGAGAAGCCUUUUAAAUGCAUGGAGUGUGGAAAGAGCUUCAGUCGGAAAACUCACCUUUCGUUACAUGAAAGAAUCCACACACAGGAGAAACCAUUUAAAUGCAUGGAGUGUGGAAAGAGCUUCAGUGUGAGCAGUAAUCUUAAUUCACAUUACAGAAUACACACAGGGGAGAAACCAUAUAAAUGCACACAAUGUGGGAAGAGCUUCAGUCAGAGCAGUUACGUCACUCUACAUGAAAAAAUACACACAAAGGAGAAACCAUUUAAAUGCAUGGAGUGUGGAAAGAGUUUCAGUCGGAGCAGUAAUCUUUGUUUACAUCAGAGAACACAUAUAGGGGAGAAACCAUAUGGAUGCAGGGAGUGUGGAAAGAGCUUUAGUCAGAGUAUUCACCUCAUAUUACAUCACAGAAAGCACAUGGGAGACAUCAUUUAAGUGCAUGGAGUGUGGAAAGAGCUUCGGUGUGAGCAGUAAUCUUAAUUCACAUUACAGAAUACAUAUGGGAGAAACCAUAUAAAUGCACACGAUGUGGGAAGAGCUUCAGUCAGAGCAGUUUUGUUAUUUUACUUGAAAAAAUACAUCACAGGGACUUCCGGGAAGGGUGACUUAGCCUGUGCCUGCUUUUGAGACGGGCUCCUGCCUCAAAAGAAGCUUAUUCAGAUAUAUCAGUCAGUUUUUUCUUUUUUUUUUGACUGAUUAAACUUCUCCCGGGUAGGGAGAAACGAAGAGAUUAACCUCAAAGCCUAUUUUUGUUGGGACGACCAGAUCUCAUUAAUUUAUGGGACGAGGUCCAGCCGACGAAGGUGGGACGGAUUUUCAACAGCAAGCUCUAUCUGUUAAAGCGAACGUUCAUCUUAUCUUCUAAGAGAGAACGCACUAACAGGCAAGCACCCUUCUUUCUAUAUUUUUCUUUUACUUGACUUAAAUUGUUGCUGUUUAAAAGAGAUUUGCCAGAUUGAUCGGUUUUU